AUGGUCGAGGAAUGCUUGUCGCACCGCGACAUCACAGCCUCGGCGCAGGAGUUGUUCCAGAAGCACAAGCGGAUUAAUCAAGCUGAGUUGAUGGGAAGCUAUUGCUUCUACGAGAAACAUUGUUCGAACAAUAAGGUCACAGUCGACACCACGGUCGAGGAGGCCGAGAAGAUGUGCGACGCCAGGUAUGGCCACAGCAAGUGGGCAUCCUUCGGAGUCCAGCACUGGGGCAUGCAGAGAUGGUGGCGGUUGUCUGGCAAGAUGAACAACACGGAUGGGUUUCAUUCACGGAUUCCCACGCAGUCCUUGGCGAAGAUGUUCUGCGCCAUGGGCAACUACCACUGCAAUGUCAUGUACUGCAAGGAGACAUAUUGCAAGGACCCAGAGUACAUCCAGAAGUAUGGCCACUUGCUAAAAGAAGAACCCCUCCCUGGCGACCCAUGA